AAGAAACGGUGAGGACUCGGUGAAGCAAACCUCCGCCAAGCCGCACUUUUCGAGUUUCUUUCAAGUCCGAGUGGAGAAACUUUAGGAGAGUGAAGAGUCUCCUGCUGAUUACCAAAAAUUGUAAUAAGAACAAUUCAGCAUGAAGACCGCAUCUAUGGUACUGUUACUACUCAAUGUUCUCCUCAUACCUCACAUCCCUCCUAGUGUCUGCCGUCCCACAGGAAUGAGCAUCUUUGACCGUAAUGAUUUCAAGAGUCAGCUUGACCAAGUUCUGCUAAAGGCUGGUGACAAUUCCAUAUCCUACCUCAUGGGAGAAAGGCUUCUUCGGUAUUUACAAAGAAAUCCCAGAUUGCAAAAGAAUAUCUCUCUACUACCUCUUGACCACUGGCAGUUAGGGAAGUCCUUGUCAUCACGAAGCACAAGCCAGUACAUUAACAGCUUACCGUCCCUGGAGGAAGAAGAGCCUUUACCAGAAGACAUCAACGUUCUUGACGACAUAGUUGAACUGUCCAAAAGAGCAGAAGACCCUCCCAUCUCAAUUGAUUUGACAUUCCACCUCUUACGAAAUAUGAUUGAGAUGGCAAGGAUUCAAAGUCAGAAAGAGCAAGCAGAACUGAACCGCAAAUAUUUAGAUGAGGUAGGCAAGUGAGGAUUUGAUAAGAAAAACAACAAGGUUCUCACCAGAGAAAAAGCCCAGGUUCUGUCGCAUACAGUUCAUGUCCACACUCUGACAUUUGUUCUUGUAACUACAGUUUACACAAUCUUGGGUUUUAUCUGCUGCCUUGAGCAUUUUUUAAAAUGAGUGUUUGUUGACAAUGUGACCCUUGACUAGCUGUAGGGAACUAUGUCAUGUCCUUCACUCAAAUGUUCAACUGCAAGUUACUACUUGUAGACAUUUGAAAUUGAACAUCUUUCA